AUGGCUGCUGCAUACACUAUAUUAGGUAGAUCAGUCCCAGCACAUCAAUUAUCUAUUGCCACUUUAGGUGCUGUUGCUUUCAUUGUUGCUCCAAAGCCAUGGGGUUCAGCCGGUCCAAAACAUCCAUCUAUUAAUGCUUCAUCUCCUGAAGAAGAGAAAUUCGUUAAGGAAUGGUUAGCUAAGAAUGCUGAAAAUGAAUUUGAUUCAACUUGUGUUGAAAUGGAAUACGUGAAAGCUUUUAGAUAAAGUUAGAUCAAAAAUACAACAUUUAAAAUUAGAUAAAACAAACUAAAUUAUUAAAAAAUCUUGCAUGUACAUUAUUUAACUCAUUGAUAGAUAUUUAGAUACAGUUUAUGUAUAUCAAUAAAAAUCAUUUAAAUAAACCGGAUAU